AUGCAGCAGCAGGCUAUGAAGAACAUUAUCAGUAUAUUACAGAGGCAGGAUAAGAUAGCAAGAGGGAAGGAUGGCAAGAAUAGCAACGACGACGACGACGACGACGACGAUAAUCGUAAUCGCGCUGACAAUUAUUGCAACGAGGGCAAUGGCGUUGUUAAUGGCGACUGUGAGCUUAAGCAUGCCAUCUGCAAGUUUUGCAUCUCCCUUAUCUGCCAGACCGUCGGAAGCAGGCCAUUCUGGUCUGCGAUAUUAAGCUUCUGCGCUAUAAAGAGCCGGAAGAAGAGCUGGACGCGUCAGUCGGACAAGGAGCAGCGUAGGCUAUGUACCUGGCAUAAGCCAGGUAACUAUAACAGCAACCUAUCGGCGCUCACCUGGACUGCUCAACUUAUCCUAUUUGACUUUGUAUGCUUUCAGAAGCAGGAUGACGAAGAUAGAAUUCCCGACCUACUUAACUAG